CCUCAUUGUUUUGUGGUCUGUGCAAAAUUUGUAAUUGAAGAUUUGUAAACUUUGUAAAGUUGUAAACAAAAAAUAAAAUACCUGUGUUCACUGCUCAGAUAGUAUAGUGUUUCUGUUUUAUGUUAAAACACAACUACAUAUUUAAAUAACUAAACGAGAGAAAAAUGGCUGGUAUUUUAUUGAGCCAUACAGAAAAAGUUUAUAUUACACACGGCGUUAAGAAUGAAUACCGGUCAGAUGGGAGGUCAAACAUCGACUACAGGCCAAUGGAACUGGAGACAGAUGUGGUUAGCCAUGCAAGUGGCUCAGCGAGGCUCAGGCUUGCAAAUACAGACAUUUUGGUUGGUGUCAAAACAGAAAUAGAUGUUCCCAAGCCUGAUAAACCGGGGUUAGGCAAGAUUGAAUUUUUUGUUGAUUGUUCAGCAAAUGCAACACCAGAGUUUGAGGGCCGUGGUGGAGAGCAACUUGCUAACAGCAUAUCCAAUAUAAUGCUGAGAGCAUACCAGUCAGCACAAGCUUUCAAUCUAAAACAGUUAUGUAUAUUUGAAGGGAAACAGUGUUGGAAACUCUACAUUGACAUACUGAUUCUAGAAUGUGGUGGAAACCUGUGUGAUGCAGUGUCACUUGCAGUAAAAGCUGCUCUUUUUAACACUAGAAUACCAUUUGUUAAAGCAGCGCUCAUGGAUGGUGGCAAUGUAGACUUGCAAUUAUCAGAUGAUCCAUUUGACAGCAAAUGGUUGGAUGUUGGAUCUGCACCACUUUUGGUAACAUUGUGCAGGAUAGGUGAGAAGUGUGUUGUAGAUCCGACUGCAGAGGAGGAAAGUUGUAGUUUGGUAUCGCUCAUUGUUGGAGUUACGGGAAACCCUAAAUAUUACAAUGACUAUGAAGAUGAAGAGGAACUACCUGCUUUUGAAGCCAAAUGCAGUGUGAUUAGCAUGCAUGGCCCCGGCAGUGUCUCACCACAAAAUUUGAGAGAUGCCAUAAAUCAGGGAAUAAUUGCAGCUGUGUGUUUAGAUGAAGCUUUAGGAAAAACUCUAUUCCGGGAGAGGCGAGACACUGAACAAUUUAAAAGACAUUCAUAUGGAUUUUUAAAAUGAAUACAUAUUAAGUUUACUAAAUGAAA